GGAGAGCGCCAUCUCAUGACGUGAAACAUAUAGUUUACUGGUUCUUUUUUUUUUUACGACUUGAGGUCACUGGAAAUUGCUCGAUUAUGGAAGAAAUUGGCAUUGUUGUUACGCCUAAGAGGGAGGUAGCUUCUCCCAGUGAAUCAUCGAGACCAACAUCGACGGCUGCGUCUGGACUAGAGAACAUUGCUACAGAUGAUCUCUACUCAAGAUACAAGAAAUUACAGCAGCAGCUUGAGUUCUUAGAAGUACAGGAGGAGUACAUCAAGGAUGAACAAAGAAAUCUCAAGAAAGAAUUCCUUCAUGCCCAGGAAGAGGUCAAGCGUAUUCAGAGUGUUCCUCUGGUCAUCGGUCAGUUCUUAGAGGCGGUUGACCAGCACACUGGCAUUGUAGGAUCAACUACAGGAUCUAACUCGUACGUACGUAUCCUGAGCACCAUCGAUCGUGAGCUCCUGAAACCAAGCGCCAGCGUCGCCCUUCACAAGCACAGCAAUGCACUGGUUGAUGUACUACCUCCAGAAGCUGAUAGUAGUAUCAUGAUGCUGGGUGCAGAUGAGAAGCCUGACGUGGUGUAUUCAGACAUCGGUGGUAUGGACAUGCAGAAGCAAGAGAUCCGUGAAGCUGUAGAGCUCCCUCUCACGCACUUUGAUCUCUAUCAGCAGAUUGGUAUCGACCCACCGAGGGGUGUGCUCAUGUUUGGACCCCCGGGAUGCGGGAAAACCAUGUUAGCUAAGGCUGUAGCUCAUCAUACAACAGCUGCUUUCAUUCGAGUUGUUGGUUCAGAGUUUGUUCAGAAGUAUCUAGGAGAAGGUCCACGUAUGGUGAGGGAUGUGUUCAGACUGGCUAAAGAGAAUGCUCCUGCAAUCAUCUUCAUCGAUGAGAUCGAUGCCAUCGCUACAAAGAGAUUUGACGCCCAGACAGGAGCUGAUCGAGAGGUACAGAGGAUCCUUCUGGAGUUGCUCAAUCAGAUGGAUGGCUUCGAUCAGAAUGUCAAUGUCAAGGUGAUCAUGGCAACGAACCGAGCCGACACCCUUGACCCCGCCCUGUUGAGACCGGGUCGUCUAGAUCGUAAGAUUGAGUUCCCUCUGCCUGACAGGAGACAGAAGCGUCUUAUCUUCAGUACCAUCUGUGCUAAGAUGAAUCUCUCAGAUGAGGUUGAUCUAGAAGAUUACGUAGCAAGGCCAGAUAAGAUUUCAGGAGCUGAUAUCAACGCUAUCUGCCAAGAGGCUGGUAUGCAAGCUGUACGUGAGAAUCGCUAUGUAAUCCUGGCAAAGGACUUUGAGAAAGGCUAUCGGAACAACAUCAAGAAGGACGAGACUGAGCAUGAGUUCUACAAAUAGACCAUCCUAGAUAUCAAUUAAAAUUUGAUACAAUUAAACUUUACCACAGUAUUGCUUCUACUACUACUAAUCUAUUUUAAAACAUUAACAGCCACAAGCAGUGUUAGAUAGGGGAGGGAUUGUUGUAAACCCUGUUUGAAAACGUUCAUGAUUUAUCCAUGAUUUGUAUAUCUUGUCAGCAAGCAAAUCACAAAAUUUAUGAACAGUUUGCAUUUUAACAUCUUAAAAUAUAUCCUUUCCUUUUAUAACUUGUCAGCACAUCUGGUCCAAUUGGUUGGGACUCCUCCCCCCCCCCCCCCAUUCAAACAAGUGUAGCUACGCCCCUGUCCACCGUGGAGGUGCCAUGGUAUAGUGCUUUAUUCACUUGACUCUCAUUCCUAGGGUCAAGAGUUUGAAUUCCAAUCUGGCACUAAUGUCCUUUGGCAGGCCGUUAAUCCACAUUAAUUGUUGCCACUGUCGCCCCAGGUGUUAAUAGGUACCUGAUAUGCCAGAGUGCUACAGAUUUGGCAGAUUUGGCCGAAAUCAGUCAAAGUCGCAUAAAAUCUUGACGGUUUUAUUUAACCCCCAUGAGAUAAUCCCUUUUACAGAAUGAAAUACACUGACCAUAUACAUCUGUACAAAUCUACCAUUCUGAUGUUCUUGUUGCAGUCAGUUUAUAGAGAUGCUCAAUUAUUCAUUUCCUAUUGCAUACAUGUAGGAUGGUAAUCACUGGAGAAGUUCAUCUUACUUUCAAAUUAGUUCAUUCUUCACAAUCAGUAAAAAAAACCUACUUGUUUCAGUAAGCAAUCAUUUGCUGUGCUGCAAGCUACUUCAGACCUAUGUCGUAUCUGGUGUUGUUGCUGAUGCAGUACAACGUUACUCUUUCACCAAUGUACAGUCAAACCUGUCUAUAGUGAACACCCUAGCAAAACACAAAAAGUGGUCUUUGUAGACAAGUGGUCUUUGUAGGCAGGUACCUUUGCUACAUGUUUCAAUGAGAAAUAAUUUUCAAGGGAAACAAAUAAUGUGGUCUUUGUAGACAGGUGGUCCCUAAAUCAGGUCUGACUGUAUGAUCCCAUUCUACAGUAUCAUUGUAUUGUACAUUGCCAUUGAUUAGGAGAGUUUGGACACCCCGGUUUGAGUUGGGCAUCAAAUGGUGAAUACUGCUAUGUUGGGCAAGCACACGACUAAAAGAAUAUUAUGCCUUGCUGUGACCAACUGAAAACCAUGUUGGCCAAACUCUGUCUAUAGAGGGCUCUGGUACUGCCACACAGAGAACUAAGUCUCAAAAAGCUUGCAGUAUGAUAAGUGAAAGCGCAUUUAAACAGGUAAUAUUUAUACCGAUUGUGAAGAUAGAACUAUUUUUCAAACAUGGUAGUAUUAUUGUAAUAUUGUUAGAAAAAAAUGUUGUUGAGCUGUAAAUGCCACAUGUUCAUGAAAGUACAUGUAUAAAAAGGAUGAUUUUCCCAAUAUUGCUUUAAGAUUUUAAUGACGGUUUUCAGUCAGUAAAGAUGUAUGUUAAAAACAAAUAUGCUGUUCAAAAUUUGUACUCUAUGUCGAUGUUUUGGCCGUUAGUUAGUGGCUGUUUGUAAGGUAAAAUCACCAAUUAUGGAAAUGAUGGAGAAAAUGGAGAAACGUGUGAUUUAAACUGAAUGAAAACAAAAGUUAUCAAAAUUAAAUGAUGAAUACAGUGA